GAAGCUCCGCCCAGGGAGUUGCGACAACUUCCGGUCAGCGAAGAGAUGGAACCUGGCGGCCAGGACAUCAACCUUAACUCUCCUAACAAAGGUUUGCUGUCAGACACCAUGACCGACGUUCCCGUGGACCAGACAGGAUGUCGAGUGCCAGCUGAUGCCGCAGGGGCAGGGCUACCAGAGGGUUUGACAGAUGCUGAAGUCGAGGAGCUGCAGGCUGACCUGGCCAAGGUAGAGGAGGAAAUCCUUACCCUGCGCCAGGUUCUUGCUGCCAAGGAGCGCCAUUCAGCGGAGCUGAAAAGAAAGUUGGGGCAGACCACCCUCAACCAGCUGAAGGCUAACCUGUCUAAGGGCCUGCAUGAAGUGCAGAUGUCCACUGCUUAUGUAAAAACCUCAGAGAAAUUCGGAGAGUGGAACGAGAAAGUGACUCAGUCUGACGUUUAUGUAAAAACCUCAGAGAAAUUCGGAGAGUGGAACGAGAAAGUGACUCAGUCUGACGUAUACAAGAAGACUCAAGAAACCCUGUCCACCGCCGGACAGAAAACGUCCGCAGCGCUCUCUAACGUCGGCUCCGUCAUUUCCCGAAAGCUGGGAGAUAUGAGGGCCCUCCCUUUCUCUCAGUCUUUUAGCAGCUACUCAAUCCGUCACUCCAUAAGCAUGCCUGCAAUGAGGAACUCCGCCACCUUCAAAUCCUUUGAAGAGCGUGUGGUGGGUGUAAAGCCCCGGGUGUCAACUGACAGCAAUGAAGAGAAUGGAAGCCAGAGAUUACACUCACCGGACCAGUCACAGGAUUCCGCCCCAUUCUAG